CGCGUGAUGUGGGAGGGAAGCUAUAAGGAAGCAGGACCUUCCUGUCCCGGCCUCCGCCAUGAGUUUUGAGUGGCCUUGGCAGUAUAACUUCCCUCCUUUCUACACACUACAGCCAAAUGUUAAUACCCAGCGUAAGCAACUGGCAGCAUGGUGUUCAUUGGUGCUCUCCUAUCUGCGUUAUCACAAGCUUUAUACUAUCGAUGUACUGGAAGUCCAAGAAAGCCCACUCUUCCACAAUAAGAAGAUCCAACGCAAGUUUCCCAUAGAAGCUAUCCAAGUUGUAUUUGAAGAACUCCGGAAAAAAGGAAACUUGGAGUGGAUUGAUAAAAAUAAAACUCGCUGUCUCAUAAUGUGGAGGAGACCAGAAGAGUGGGGGAAACUUGUGUAUCAGUGGGUCUCAAAGAAUGCCAUGACAAAUUCUGUAUUCACUUUUUAUGAACUCUCUAAUGGAGACGAUACUGAAGGCGAAGAGUUCCAUGGUUUGGAGGAGUGGCUUCUGCUACGAGCACUGCAGUCUUUGCAAGCUGAGCGAAAAGCGGAGAUCAUCACCCUUAAUGACAGCAAAGGGGUCAAGUUCUUCUGAUGUCAUCCUUGCUGAUCUGGGCAGUUGCUGGACACUUACACAGACUGUGUACAGAAUAAAGACAUUACAGUUAUUGACAAUGAAGAUUAACACCUGAGGAAGUACAUAUUGAUUUGCAGAUCUCCAGACACCAAACAGUAUGGUGUCAUGUCAUUGAAAUUAUUGUAACGCACAGCUUGGCUGCUUGCAUUUACAAUAUCCCUUUUAUUCUUGUAAUCUCAAAGGAGUUACAAUUUCAUAUACUGAAUAGAAGUUGCGACGUUACUGAAUGCGCUGUACUAAUCCCUGUGUAUGCCAACAGAGAAAAUGGUUCAAAAUCAGAUUGUUUAGACAGAGGUGCGCAGUCCAGUUACAGACUUGAAGAUUUGAAAGAGGGAAUUCAAGAAAGUGUGAAGAGUAAUCAUUUAUCUUUUAAUUUUGCAAUUAUGCUGGGUCACAAAUAAAGUUAAAUUAAUCAAAAUAAUUUGCAAAAGUGGCCCACCAUCGCUCGGGUUUCAGAAAGCCUGUCAGAUUGAACUUGCUCAGGGACAGUGACAGGGAUUAGUUUAUCCAUUUCUCAUUUAUUAUGACUAUACUUCAAUCUAUGUAUCUUUUUUCUAUUUAAGCAGCGUGUUUAUUUUCUAUAAGUGUCUUGUAAAGCAUUAAUAGUGGGAGAAUCCUCCACGGAUACUGAGAAUUAGGAGUGUUUUCAUGGCUUUGAACAGAUACAGUUUGUUUUUUUUGUUAUAUAAUACUUGUAACUAGCCACAAAUAAAAGGUAAGAAUAAUGAAUGCAAAA